AAUUAGUACCGCAUCUUCAGCGAGCAUACUUAGUACCUAGGGACGAGAGUCGUCUCUAGAACAUACUAUAGUCCGCCCACGAGCAGCCAUCCUCGAGCAUUCGCGUAUUGUCCUUCCACUGCCAGUACCAGUGGUAACGCAAGUUCCGUAACAUUGAUUGUCCGCUUUCGCCAAGUCGCCAACCGUCGCAGACCCCAUGACUCACUCGCAAGUCAGCGUGCGACCUCCUUUCGCAUCCGCCGGCCUACUAACGUCACCCCCCUCCAAAUCUACCGCUCGCGCCACGUCAGCCAGAGCAGCAUCAGCAAGAGCCACGUCAGCGAACGCGUGCGCAGUCAGCGCGUCGGCAGUCCCUAGGCCGCUCGAAUGCCUCGAGGUGUCUGGCAGCCCGUUCGAGCGCGGCUGUGCGAUCGGUGUGCGAUUCGGCGACAAGAUCCGCGAUCGCGUCGCCAAGGCGCCGUUUCUGCAUGACGACAUGAUCCCGUUCGCACGGACGGGCGAGGGGGCGUGGCUUCUGGAGACGCUCUCCGAGUCUAACAGGGCGCUAUACCCGGAUUAUUGGGAGGAGCUAAGAGGCAUGGCGGCAGGCAGCUGCGUGCCGUUCGACGAGCUGCUGCUUCUGAAUCUUCGCAAGGAGUUCGGCGCCUUCCUGCCCUCUCUCGGCUCGCCUGCCACGUCAGACACUCCUGCCACGUCAAGCACACCUGCCACGUCAGCAGCACUACAAGAACCGGCUCUGGGGGCUGAUGAAUGUCAAGCAGCAGCAGGAGGUGCUGCCACGUCAGACAGGGCGCUGCAGUAUGGCAUGGCGUCUGACGACUGCACUGACGUGUUGCUGCUCACUGAUGACGUGGCAGCAGUGGGGCAUAACGAGGAUGCGGACUACUCGAUUGUGGAUAACUGCUUCCUCGUGCACAUGCAUUCUGACAGCGGCGUUGCUUUCACGGCGUACACCUAUGCAGGCGAAUUGCCUUCAAUUGCUUUUGCCUUCAACAGUGCGCGGAUGCGUGUGACUGGCCCAGCGGUGGCGGUGGGGCAUCACUACGUGCUGAUGGACUUCGCCCGCCGGCGAAUCGCGUCCGUUGAAACCGCAUCCAACGGCCGCCAUAGCGUCCUGGAGCUGGGGCCAAACCCCAAGCUGGGAAGCCAGGCGGAUUCGGGGGGGGAGGAGAGGGUGGAGGGGGAGAGGAAGGAAAGAGGAGUGAGUGGGUCUGCUGCUGCGGAUGCUGCUGUCGCUGGUGCUGCCGGUGCUGCUGAAGGGGUAGAAUACAUCUUCCAUGCCAACGCCUACACCAGACUGCACCUCCCCCAGAAGAUGGGGCCCAGCUCUCACCGCAGGGAGGCCACUGCCAGAAGGCUGGGCGCGCCCACAGGCACCCGGGACAUUCUCAAUAUUCUAUCCAGCGCGGACGACAAGGACUACCCCAUCUUCAACGAGGGCAAGGUCUACGAGGCAGGAGGCCCUGUGAUCCACACCCUGCACAGCGCCCUCUUCAACCUCGACGCUGGGAAGUGUAAUUCUGGCUCUGCAAAUGUCAAAGCAGCAGCACAGCUGAUGCCCCUGCUCAUGGAUGCCCCUGCACUGCACCGAAGCAGCAAGCAGCCGUGCCAGCAGCAGCAGCAGCAGCAGCAGCAGCAGCAGCAGCAGCAGCAGCAGCAGCAGCAGCAGCAGCAGCAGCAGCAGCAGCAGCAGCAGCAGCAGCAGCAGCAGCAGCAGCAGCAGCAGCAGCAGCAGCAGCAGCAGCAGCAGCAGCAGCAGCAGCAGCAGCAGCAGCAGCAGCAGCAGCAGCAGCAGCAGCAGCAGCAGCAGCAGCAGCAGCAGCAGCAGCAGCAGCAGCAGCAGCAGCAAGCAGAGCAGCAGCAGCAGAGCAGCAGCAGCAGCAGCAAGCAGCAGACAGCCAGCAGCCAGCAGCAGCAGCAGCAGCAGCAGCAGCAGCAGCAGCAGCAGCAGCAGCAGCAGCAGCAGCAGCAGCAGCAGCAGCAGCAGCAGCAGCAGCAGCAGCAGCAGCAGCAGCAGCAGCAGCAGCAGCAGCAGCAGCAGCAGCAGCAGCAGCAGCAGCAGCAGCAGCAGCAGCGCAGCAGCAGCAGCAGCAGCAGCAGCAGCAGCAGCAGCAGCAGCAGCAGCCAGCAGCAGCAGCAGCAAGCAGCAGCAGCCAGCAGCAGCAGCAAGCAGCAGCAGCAGCAGCAGCAGCAGCAGCAGCAGCAGCAGCAGCAGCAGCAGCAAGCAGCAGCAGCAGCAGCCAGCAGCAGCAGCAGCAGCAGCAGCAGCAGCAGCAGCAGCAGCAGCAGCAGCAGCAGCAGCAGCAGCAGCAGCAGCAGCAAGCAGCAGCAGCAGCAGCAGCAGCAGCAGCAGCAGCAGCAGCACAGCAGCAGCACAGCAGAGCAGCAGCAGCAGCAGCAGCACAGCAGCAGCAAGCAGCAGCAGCAGCAGCAGCAGCAGCCAGCAGCAGCAGCAGCAGCAGCAGCAGCAGCAGCAAGCAGCAGCAGCAGCAGCAGCAGCAGCAGCAGCAGCAGCAGCAGCAGCAGCAGCAGCAGCAGCAGCAGCAGCAGCAGCAAGCAGCAGCAGCAGCAGCAGCAGCAGCAGCAGCAGCAGCCAGCAGCAGCAGCAGCAGCAGCAGCAGCCAGCAGCAGCAGCAGCAGCAGCAGCAGCAGCAGCAGCAGCAGCAGCAGCAGCAGCACAGCAGCAGCAGCAGCAGCAGCCAGCAGCAGGCCAGCAGCAGCAGCCAGCAGCAGCAGCAGCAGCCAGCAGCAGCAGCAGCAGCAGCAGCCAGCAGCAGCAGCAGCAGCAGCAGCAGCAGCAGCAGCAGCAGCAGCAGCAGCAGCAGCAGCAGCAGCAGCAGCAGCAGCAGCAGCAGCAGCAGGCAGCAGCAGCCAGCAGCAGCAGCAGCAGCAGCCAGCAGCAGCAGCAGCCAGCAGCAGCAGCAGCCAGCAGCAGCAGCAGCAGCAGCAGCAGCAGCAGCAGCAGCAGCAGCAGCAGCAGCAGCAGCAGCAGCAGCCAGCAGCAGCAGCAGCAGCAGCCAGCAGCAGCAGCAGCAGCAGCAGCCAGCAGCAGCAGCAGCAGCAGCAGCAGCAGCCAGCAGCAGCAGCAGCAGCAGCAGCAGCCAGCAGCAGCAGCAGCCAGCAGCAGCAGCAGCAGCAGCAGCCAGCAGCAGCAGCAGCAGCAGCAGCAGCAGCAGCAGCAGCCAGCAGCAGCAGCAGCAGCAGCAGCAGCAGCCAGCAGCAGCAGCAGCAGCAGCAGCAGCAGCAGCAGCAGCAGCAGCAGCAGCAGCAGCAGCAGCAGCAGCAGCAGCAGCAGCCAGCAGCAGCAGCAAGCAGCAGCAGCAGCAGCAGCAGCAGCAGCAGCAGCAGCAAGCAGCAGCAGCAGCAGCAGCAGCAGCAGCAGCAGCAGCAGCCAGCAGCAGCAGCAGCAGCAGCAGCAGCAGCCAAGCAGCAGCAGCAGCAGCAGCAGCAGCAGCAGCAGCCAGCAGCAGCAGCAGCAGCAGCAGCAGCAGCCAGCAGCAGCAGGCAGCAGCAGCAGCAGCAGCAGCAGCCAGCAGCCAGCAGCAGCAGCCAGCAGCAGCAGCAGCAGCAGCAGCAGCAGCAGCAGCAGCAGCAGCAGCAGCAGCCAGCAGCAGCAGCAGCAGCAGCAGCAGCAGCCAGCCAGCAGCAGCAGCAGCAGCAGCAAGCAGCAAGCAGCAGCAGCAGCAGCAGCAGCAGCCAGCAGGCAGCAGCAGCAGCAGCAGCAGGCCAGCAGCAGCAGCCAGCAGCAGCAGCAGGCAGGCAGCAGCAGCAGCAGCAGCAGCAGCCAGCAGCAGCAGCAGCAGCAGCAGCAGCAGCAAGCAGCCAGCAGCAGCAGCCAGCAGCAGCAGCAGCAGGCAGCAGCAGCAGCAGCAGCAGCCAGCAGCAGCAGCAGCCAGGCAGCAGCAGCAGCAGCCAGCAGCAGCCAGCAGCAGCAGCAGCAGCAGCAGCAGCAGCAGCAGCAGCAGCAGCCAGCAGCAGCAGCCAGCAGCAGCAGCAGCAGCAGCAGCAGCAGCAGCAGCAGCAGCAGCAGCAAGCAGCAGCAGCAGCAGCAGCCAGCCAGCAGCCAGCCAGCAGCAGCAGCAGCAGCAGCAGCAGCAGCAGCAGCAGCAGCAGCAGCAGCAGCAGCAGCAGCAGCAGCAGCAGCAGCAGCAGCAGCAGCAGCAGCAGCAGCAGCAGCAGCAGCGUGAGCAGCAGCACCUACCCCCCGCCUGCAGUGCCAGCAAGCUCUGAAGCUGCAGUGAGCUGCACAUCCUGGAACGAGGCGAGGAGGAGGACGAUCAUCAUCCGGUCUCUGAGCCACUCUAGCUGGUGAUGCCGUGCUCAUGCGUGCUCGCAGACGCAGUGGAGUCGGCGCCACUAGUGUCAUUAGCGUCAGCAGCGUCACCAGCGCCAUGCCAUCAGCGCCAUCACCGUCACCAGCGCUGACAGCAUGCCCUUAGUCUGCACCAGUGGAAUAAGGUAAUCAUUGCGCAUCCGACUCACUCUGGCUCGUGCUGCCGUGCUCAUUCGUGCUCGCAGAGGCGGUGGAGUCAGCACCAUCAGCACCAUCAGCGCCAUCAGCGACACUAGCGACAUCCACGUCACCAGCAUUGCCAUAAUCCAUCCCAACUGCAUCACCAUAACUUGCAGCCAUAUCCUCUUCCCGAGCAGCGGCAACAGCAGUACCAGCAGCAGCAGCAGCAGCGGCCGCCACUAAGCCACCAUGCCCUGAAGCUGCACCACAGCCAGCCACAACAACAUCGUCCCAAGCAAUUCCAGGAUAUGGAACUGACGACGACGCAGACACCGAGUCAUCCUCAAAAGAGGCACGACCAGGAACAGGGAGAAAGGAGUGUCUGCGAGGGCCAAGGGCAGCAACAGGCGAGCCAGGGGCAGCAGCAGGAGCGCCAGAGACGGCAGGAGAGAAGGCUGUGGCAGCAGGGGAGAAAGCAGUAGCAGCAGGGGAGCAAGCAGAGGCAGCAGGCUGUGGCAGGGUCCGUCCAGCCCAAGUGUGCGUGAUCACGGGCAGCGGCGGCGGGCAAGGUCUCCCGGGCAGGUAAAGGAUAGCUCUACUAGGGGCAGCACUAGUACACCCGACACCAACGGAGGAAUCCAUUUGGCCGAUCGGCCUCAUAGUAGCUGCUGCAGACGAAACCAUCGGUCCGGGUUGAAACAGAGCAGGAAGGGCUGAAGCAGGGAAAGCAGAAGCUGGUACAAGGGCUGCUGAGUGGUGUCCCGAUGCUGCGGCGGAUGCUGCUAGAAGCUCGUGUGAUGCUGCAGCGUCUGGCAGGGCAUCUGGAGACGCUUCAAAAGGGGAGGGUGCGGCUUCCAGAAGCUCAUGUGAUGCCACAGUGCCUGAGAAGACAUUCUGAGGUGCCCCAAAAGGGAUGCAUGCUGCUUCCAGAAGCUCUUGUGCUGCCGUGCGGGAGAAAACAGCCGGCCUGAAAGGCUCUCCGGUUAGACAAGGAGCGGGAUUAUGACACCGAGAAUUGGUGGUCGGAUGGAGAGACAUGGGAUGAUGAUUCUGGGCGAAGGCGGAGAAGAAUACCUCUCUGCCAGGGGGUAGCACUCCAAGAUUCUGGUACUGCUGCACCAGCAUGGACGCAGAUGUUGGCUGCUGCUGCUGUUCUUCAACCCACUCCGUUCCUGGAGUCAUUCCUGGAGUCAUUCCUGGGGUCAGAUUCUCCUCGGGAUCACCGUGGUUUAUAUGACUGGUGCUGCUGCUGCCGGCCUCGGGAUCAUCAUUGGUCAUGACGUGUUCCUGGUGGAUGUUUCGCCGGAGCUGAUACGCCGGGGAGACGGAACACAGCAGCUGCGUGAAGGAUGAUGCAGACCAUGCCACAGCAGCGGCGGCGGUAAUGGUGGGAUCCAUGUUUCCAUGUUGGCUCCUUCCAUGGUGCUGCUGUUGGCUCCUUCCGUGAGUCACGGCUCCGGGGGCCUGCUGAAGAAAGCGGCCAUGACCAUGGAAGGGAUCCAUGCUGCUAGGAUCGUCUGGAAACGGCCCAGAUGCAUUUAAAUGGAGAUCCGAGUUCAAGUUCAAGUCUUGAACUGAGUUGAGCUGAUCAUGCUCUUCUGAGUCACUGGAGCCUUCAGUGCCAGUAAUUCCUGUCUUUUCUGCACCACCGCCGGUUGCUGUGUGACUGUUUCCUCCCCGGUCUGUUGAUGCGUGAACAAUGGACGACUCAGCCAAAGUAGUGAGGGGAACCGCCGGCGCCUGGAUGUCAUGAUGAUUGUUUCCAAGGUGGAUGGUUGACGCGCCGCAGGGUUGGCUCCCAUCGAUUUCAGAUCUG